AUGGGGGGAACCCCCUUCAGUGCCUACGCCCAGGCGUGGGGCGUGACACUCGCACCAGGGCCCCUUGCUGCGGGGGCCGGCUCCUGCGUGACCAUCCCCUGCUCCUUCACCUACCCCACAGGGUGGAACAUCAGUGCCGUGAGCUGGACACGGGUCGGGGAUCAAACCGUGUAUCACUGGGACGGGGCUCGUGUCCACGCUGCCUUCAAGGGGCGCGUCCGCUAUCUGGGGGACCUGCAGCACAACUGCUCCCUGCGGAUGGCGGGGCUGCGCCCCAGCGAUCAGGGCACCUACCGCUUCCGGUUCGAAGCAGCGGGCGAUGGCAGGAGGGACGGAUGGACAAGUCUGCCAGGACAGCAGCUCAAUGUCUUCGGUCAGAAACGCGUUCUGAGACGCCAGGAGUUAACACGAGUUUGUACCUGCUUCAGGCAAGGUGAUUGGUGCCAGCCCUCCCUGGGGCACCGAACGGAACCGAGACCCUCCCUCACCUGCUCCGUGGGGGCCGCCUGCCCCCAUCGCCCCUCCUGGUACGACCGAGAUGGCGCGCGGCGGAGCCCAGGGCAAACCCCAGGUGGGGCUGGGGCGACCGAGCUGCGAAUAUCCCCGUCCCAGCUGGCCCCCGGCGCGGCACUGAGAUGCCAGGUGGAGGGAUACUGGGAUGAGUGUGACUCUGCCCCAUCCCAGCCCCUGGGGACAGUCGCCCCCAACGUGCCCAGGGUCGAGGGUUCGUGGCUGCCAGGGAAGGCAGCGCUAAGGAAAGGCGACGGUUUUACCCUGCACUGCCAGGCUGCUGCCCUGCAGCCCGUCGCCGGGUACGUCUGGUCCCGCGGGGACGUGUGGCUGCCAGAAGCCGGGCAGGAUUUACGUGUUGACAAGGCAGCCGACUCUGACGGAGGGAGCUACGCGUGCGGGGUCUGGGUCUCCGGCCCCGGCUGGGCGUAUCUGAGCCUCUCUGCGAGAGAAUCGGUCGAAGUUCAGCGCUCUGGCAGGUGCCCAUGUCUGAGCCCCGGCCUCGUGGCAGGCGUUGCGGUUGCCAUCCUGCUCCUCGUCGUCCUCAUUAACGUGGGGGUUUGGUACCUGCUCGGCAGAGGCCGGUGGCAGGCAGCAGCUGAGAGGGCUGCGCAGGGUGCUGAGCUUUCCCGCAGGCCAAAAACAGAGUCACCCUAUGAGGAACUCCAAGGACGGACCCAGGAUAUUUACAGCCAGUUGGUCUCUCCCCAAGCUGGUUCCCACUGAGCUCUGCUGAAAUCCCAACCAGCCGGGGACCCCUCUGCAUGGCUGGGACCCUAAACACAAAGAGAAGCCAUCGCUCUAUGGGGCCAGAUCCCAGCAGGAGUCCACAAGCACUGACUUUCCAUUGUGCCGGGGGGUGCUUGACCCCUGGCUCUGCCCCACCCCUGGCUCUGCCCCAGGCCCAACCCCGACCUUCAAGGCCACACCUCUGCCCUGCCCCUUCCCCACCCCUGAGCACGCUGCAUCCUCGCUCCUCUCCCCUUCCCCCGGCCUCCUGCACCAUGAACCAGCUGAUUGCAGCAGGCGGGAGGCCCAUGCAGGGAGGGGGAAGCACUGGACGGUGGGGCCUUUGGCGGGCGGGAAGCGCUGAGAGGGAGGGGGAAGCACUGAUUGGGGGCUGCCGGUGGGUGCCCAGCACCCACCAUUUUCUCCCAGUGGAUGCUCCAACCCCAGAGCACCCAUGGAGUCAGUGCCUAUGCAGGGGGUCAAGCGGUCAUAGCUCCUUUGGAAUGAAUGGGGUCAGACCCCCAGCUGGAGCGACGUGACUCCACUGGAGAACUAAAUUGGG